AUGGAGGCGCCGCCGUUGCCGCUCGCUGUGCAGCCAUGGGCGAGCUUGAGGGCUCCACUGCUGCCGCCCACCGACCGGCCGUUACGCUCAACUAGGAUCUCGCCGCCGCCCGCAGCGCCCGAGCACCCGCCGGUCGCGCCCCGGCGAGAUCUCGUCGUGCGCUGCUCUCUAGCACACAUCUGCGAGCCGGCGCCGCCGUAUUCCUCACCGGCGCGUCGUUCUCUAGCACCAAGCUGCGAGGCGGCACCGCCGCAUUCCUCAUCGGCGCGCCGUAGCCGCUGCAUCCCCUCCCCUCCACCGUGUCGCUUCCUCGCACCUCCCCCGAUUCUCGUAGCGGCAACCACGCUGCUGCUCCUCCGCCGGACUGCUGCUACUCCUCCGCCGUGCUGCUUGCUCCUCCGCCACGCUUCGCUCCCACGCCGCCGUGCGCCUCCCGGUCCCUGCCGCCCGGCGAAGACCACGCGCACCUCCUCGCCCCUGCCGCCGGUGACGACCACGCGCACCUCCCCGGCCCCUACCGCCGGCGACGACCACGCGCGCCUCCGGGUGGUCCACACCGAACUCCGCCCGGCGCUUCGCUCCCCGCUCCCCCAAGCACCUCCUGGUCCCUGCAGCCGGCGAUGA